AGUAAUCAAACCUGCAAGCAAAAUGAUGAGAGAUAUCGAGUGCAACGCCCCCUGCUGUCAAUCCUGUCAUAUACCAUUUGAUAAAGGAAAGAGACGACGACUGAUUGAUAGCUGUGGUCAUCAGCGAUGUUUCACGUGCGUCGCGAGCACCGAAAGUUGUAAUAUUUGCGUACUGAACGGUAGUGUGUUGUAUCCCCUGAAUGUCCGCAGCUCGUGGACAACCUGUCGUCAUCUCGACUUCGAAUGAAAAUCGACAGUUUCCACACAAAUGCAGCUUUAUUAACAAGACAUCCUAGUCCUACAUCUUCCCGACUCCCGUGGCAGCAGAGGCGCCACCUGCGGCCUAACACCGUCGGUAUUGAUAAUCACAGAUCGUUAACAGACUGGGUGACAAAACACCACUUGCCUCUGAACCUGAUUCGAAAAAUUCGGUCCCUUUGGGCUAUAGAUGACGGACUUCCGCACAAAGUCGGAAACGGAACUGACGAUCCAACUAAAAGUGAUUUUUACGCACGGCUUGGGUAUCCACUUAGCGACGAUGCUCAAGCUUCCCCAAGGACCACGCCUCCCCGAACUGGCUCAACCAAUCCCAGCAGGCAGGAAUCACGUGCUAGCAUAUCGUCUUUGAUUAACAGUGAAACAAAUAAACCGGGAUCCGCCAACACAGCAGUCGAGUCUGUGGAUACGAUGAGCUACCACAGCGCCAACCACGGACAGAAGUGUGAUAACUCACGCAAAAACUACUUUCUAAGCCCUCUAGCGACGAACUUUCAUCGCCAGCUUAGUGAAAGAAUUAAAGAAUCCAGUGCGUUCGACAAAAGAUCAGUAUUGAUACGCCGAUCCGAUAGGAGUGGUAACCGAUCGUUUGAGACAGAAAUUAGAGGCCAGAUUCAAUUCAACCCAGUGGUCAAUCUCCCUCUAAGGCCCUUAUUUUUCGAAGUUGCCCAGACGGAACCCGAGCCUCUGUUUAUUGGUAGGCAAUGGUUAUUUAGAGAGAUCGAGCAGGUAAGUUUUUUUAUGAAAGUGUAAAACAACAACAACAUAAAUUACUGAAACCUAACUGGUAAAAUCUUUAAAACAAAACUAUUGCAAGUUUCCUAUUGUUUUAAGUAUCGUUACAAGUUGUAUUUUACUGUUCCAAGUUGUUUAUUGUUUUAAGUAUCGUUACAAGUUAUAUUUUACUGUUCCAAGUUUCCUAUUGUUUUAAGUAUCGUUACAAGUUGUAUUUUACUGUUCCAAGUUUCC